AUGACUGAUCGACCAAGAACAACAAGUUUACAAAAAUAACAGAUCUUAUAAAACAUUUAAUAUAAAUUUUAGAAGAUUGACCCAACUUUUUAAAUAAAAAAUUUUAUAGGGUAAAGCACAAACUUAGUGGGAUAAUAAAUAAAGAAAUGGGAAAAAUAAAGUAGAGAAAAAACAGUUAAAGAAUUGUAAGUUAUGAAAGCAAUAAAAUCUUUACGUCAUCCAUUGAUUCUUGAAAGUUAUAUGGAAAAACCAACAUUCGUUGAAGCAACUAAGCCUGAAACACCAUAUCAAUCAUAACAUCAUUAGAUAAAUUCAUUAAGUCCAUAAAAUUAAAAUACUUAUGAAUAUAUGCGUAAAAAAUCAAUUAAAAAGCCUUAAACUCCACUUAAGUAUUUUAAUGUUAAUUAAGGAAGCUCUUUGAAUAAUAUUCUGAAUUAGUUCAAGAUUAAUUUUAAAAUUCUUCAGAAGAAAUGAAAAAGCUUAUUUAAUAGUAUUCAAGUUCAGAAAAAGUUCUUGACCCUUUUAAGACUAAGACAAAACACUUUGAAUAUUUUACACCUAGGUAAUUUUCAUUUACAAAGAAAAGUAAAUAGAAUACAUCAUCCUACAAGUUAUUAGGAAGUCCAAUUUAUAGGAAAAGAGAAUUGUUAGUAUAAAAAAAUAACAAUAAUUUAUAAAAAUUGGAUGAAUUAUAAACUGAUUUAGAUAAUUUCAGAAAAUAUUUAAAAGAAAUAAAAAAAUCAAAUUAAAAAAGUUUCCAUAAGAGAUAAUUUUUAAAGGGCAAACUUGAUUUCUUAUUAUGA